AUGCCUGGUGUUCCCCCAAACGCAUUUGCUCAGGUGAAGAAGAGCUUUAAGAAGCUCUUCAGCCGCAAGAAGAAGGGAAAGAAGGCGGACGGCCAGGCUGCUGAUCCAGCCGCUGAGACGAAACCUGAAGAGCCAGCGGCCGAAGGUGCUGCCGGUGCAGAUAAGCCCGCUGAAGAAGCCAAGCCUGCCGAAGACAAGCCCGCAGAAACGAAGCCAGAAGAAACCGCUGAAGGAGCUAAGACUGAGGAGACUCCGGCGCCAGCAGAAUCAGCUGCUGCUCCUGCCGCUGAGCCUGCUAAGGAUGAGCCCGCGAAAUAA